AUGCACUUCUCCACCCUCCUAUCAAUUGCUUUUGCAGCAGGUGCCCUCGCACUCCCCGUGCGCGAGACACCUGAAUUAAGCGAGACCCAAGUAAAAGACCUCGUCCACGAUCUCCUAUACGAGAACAUCGACAAAUCCGUCGACGACGUCAACGAGAUCGUCGCCGGCCUCGGUGUCAAUGGCAUUUCAAUCACUCAGCGAGAUGUGAGCGAGCGCCAAGCAGAUGACCUGCUCCACGAUCUGCUAUACGAGAAUGUUGACAAGACUGUCGAUGAUGUUAAUGGAAUUGCCGAUGAGGCUGGUCUUGAUGGCAUUUCGAUCGCUCAGCGAGAUGUGAGUGAGGAACAGGGAGAUGAUCCCCUUGACGGUUUGCUUGGCGAUACUCUUCAUGAUAUUGGUAUUAUUGUGUAA